AUGUCAACUCUAAACAACCCAGUAGCGUUGCUCAAGGCACUGCUGGCACGCAUCCCUUUAAUCCUCAAAACCCUAGUCUACCAUGGUCUACAAGUCACACCAGCAUCCAAAAAGCAAGACCUGCGCACCGAAAUGACAGUCGCCAUUAUCCGCUCAUUUCUGGACAUGUCAGUAUCUGCCGGCACGCAGCAACGCAGAUCGAUGAAUGACCCUGGGAUCAAAGGUCCCAUGUGGGUAUCCAAAGUGACGUUACCGGCUCCGGGAGAUGCUGUCGCGGAUGCUGUUCUUCAUGCAGUCAAGACAUUGUCGGAAGGCGAUGAGUAUCAGUUGCUCCAGCUGCCGCCUGUGAAAGCGGUGGAGGCCGAGUGGACAGGGUACCGCAGCGGAGUAGACAAGAAUGCGCCACUGCCGGAUAUUUCUGAACAAGAGAAAUAUAAAGCACUGACGGCCGAGGCCAAAUCCGAUUUGGUUAUAUUCUACAUUCAUGGCGGAGCCUUAUAUCUUAUGGACCCCUGCACUCACAGAGUACCCGUGGCACAUAUCUGUAAACUCACGGGAGCGCGGGCUUUAAAUGUUCGGUAUCGCUUGGCUCCUCAAAACCCAUUUCCAGCGGCUCUGGUCGACCUUCUAACAGCUUACUUGACGCUUAUUUACCCUCCUGAGGGCUCAUACCACGAACCAGUCCCAGCCAACAAAAUUGUUUUCGCCGGGGACUCGGCGGGAGGCAAUCUCAGUCUGGCACUAUUACAGACUCUCCUCACACUCAAGAGGACAUCCACAACCGUGCAAUUUCAUGGUCGUGAAGUCUCUAUCGACCUUCCAGCCGGGCUGUCACUAAUUUCUCCAUGGUGCGAUAUCACGCGCUCUAUGCCCUCAAUUCGUGAUUUCGCAGUAUAUGAUUAUCUCACUCCACCACCACAUGAACCUUCAGAAACGAUGUACCAUCCUACUGCAAAGACCCCAGACAGCAUUUGGCCGAGUAACCCUCCCCGAAGCGAUAUGUAUUGUAGUGCAUGGCUAGUCGACCACCCAUUGGUGUCACCACUCGCUUGUCCAAAACAACUUUGGGAGGGCGCUCCUCCUAUAUACAUUACCACCGGCGAGGAGGCUCUCACAGAUGAGGAUUUAUUGACCGCGCGCAAGAUGUAUCAUGCCGGUGUACCUGUUAUUGUGGAACAAUACGAGGGCAUGCCGCAUGUCUUUGGUUUCAUUAUGAUCGCUACCCCGGCUGGCAGAUUAUUCUUCCAAGGAUGGUCUCAAUUUCUUCGGGAUGUUUUAGCAGGACCACUGCAAACUUCACGUGGGGAUCUUGGAAAGGUCAUAUACCAUCAUGCUGGAUGGUAUUCUACGAAAGUGGUUUCAUUGGAUAAAGUCCAUAAAUUCAGUGAUGCGGAGGUGGAGAAAGUAUUACGAGAUAGUAGGGACCAUAGGGUGGAGUGGGAGACGAAGCUCAAUGAAGAAUGGCAAGCUAAAGCGAGGUUGUGA